UUUAUUUUGUAUAUAAACCAUUUUCAAAAUUGCAACACUGUGUCAACAAUAUUAAGUAACAUCAAUUCAUAUUUUAUUUAACGUGAAAUUAAUUUUCUAGUUGUAUAAAGGCUAAUAUCAUUUCUGGAAAUGGAGAUUUUAAAUUCAUUUAAAACACUAAACCGCCUUAUACCGUAUUCACAAACACCUAGAAUAUGUGCCGGACAAUUUCUAAUGCAAGUACGUUGCCGUCAGACGAAGCACUGGAAUCCAAAAUUUAAAAAACAACGAGCACAAAAAUUUAUACAUGUUGAUUUACCUAACUAUCAAGAAAAAAAGGAUGACUUAUCACAGGAAGAAAUUCGAAGUCGUAUGAAGGAACGUGGUGUUCUCCCACCGCGGCCAUGGUUAGAACGUCCCUUUCACAUAAGCUGUACCGGGGGAAUUUUCGAACCUUAUAUUCCCCCUGAAGGAGAUGGCAAAAAAUCUUUAAUUUCUGCUAGUGGAGCCAAACAAAAGUUUGAGUUUCUCGAAAAAAAAUCUAAAAGUAUGUUGGCUGUGCGCAAAAUCCGAUCAUAUGAAGAAGAUUUUGAUUCCAAUGAAUUUGCGACUGAAGCACAGGACGUAUAUUUAGACGCACAUCGACACAUGGCUUUAAAGGAAAAACAUAAACUUAGGGAAUUCGUUACUGAGCGAUGUUAUCCUGAAAUGAUGCAUAAUGUUAAAGAUAAAACUAUACAUUGGAAAUUUUUAAAGUCAUUAGAACCCCCGCGAGUCGUCCACGCACGUGUCACCGAUAUAAUAACAAAAGAAAAUAUGUUUGCUCAAAUAACAGUGCGUUUUCAUUCGCAGCAAAUGUUAGCUAUUUAUGAUCGUUUUGGACGUCUUAUUCAUGGAAGUGAGAUUAUUGCUAAGGAUGUUUUAGAAUAUAUUGUGUUUGAAAAACAUAUUUCUAAUGAAUAUGGAAAAUGGCGUUUGCAUGACAAAAUAAUACCGGAUUGGCUACCAGCACAACAAGUUCCUUUAGCCACUUAUCAGAUAAUAGAAAAAUUCGAAGAUCACCAACUGAAAAUUGCAGAUUCUAAACCUAAUGAAGACAGAGAACAGCUAGAACUUGAAAAACCAACCGAUGGCGCAAUCAAAGUAGAAAGAUCUAUAGGAAGUACCUCUUGAUUGUUUUUGUUUUAUUUGUUUGCUGCAUGGAAAAUUAAAUCCGUGUGAAAAACAAAUAUAAAAUUUAUGUAUGUAAAUCAUGUUAUUUAUAUAUAUAUAUAAAGUAAAAAAUAACAGUAAAAUUGUUUUGUUUUUAUAGCUAUAAUAUCUACUACAUAAUAAAUAAUUUUUCG